CGACAGAAAUAUGGGCGAGGCGUGACUCUCAGGAUAAAUUACACUGAAAAGUGCUACACAUCGCGGGUUCAAGGCUAAAGAUGUUUUCCCCACCACUGAGCCCCCAUGAUGCUACGGCACAAGUGACAACCCUGAAGACAUAUGUCUCCCUGAUUGCCGAUCUUACACCAGGCAACCCCGCUUUACCUGAGAAGAAGCUGAAAGCAGCUCAGGAACUCAGUGAGAACUUUGAGCGUGUUGUGAGCUCGCCUCAGUACCCACAAUUCCUACAAGACGCCAUCCGCUCAUUUCUCAAGAUCCUAGGGGACGGCGAACCACAAUUUUUAGCUGAACAGCACACCCAGCAACUGAGGAAGCUUUUGUUGGAAAUCAUUCACCGGAUCCCGUGUAACGAACACCUGAAGAAAUAUGUCCAGCCGAUAUUGUCAGUCAUGUUCAGGCUUCUGGAGGUGGAGAAUGAGGAGAAUGUACUGGUGUGUUUGCGGAUCAUUAUUGAACUUCACAAACAAUACAGACCUCAGAUGAACUCCGAGAUUGAGAGAUUCUUACUAUUUGUUAAGAACAUCUACAAAGAGUUGCCCAAUCAGCUGCCCAAGAUAUUUGAACCGCAUACCCAGAUGAAGGUGAAGGACUUAUCUGAGGUGAAUAUAGAGGCAUUGCUCCAGGAGACCUUCACCGUGACCUCUAUCCCCACAGACAAGACCAAACAAGACGGCCAGAGUACCACGUUCACGGUGAUCCCUAAGGCUGUCCUCUCCCUGAAGGUGUUGGCUGAGCUGCCCAUCAUUGUGGUUCUGAUGUACCAGCUGUACAAACAGAGUGUCCACCAGGGAGUUGCAGAGUUCAUUCCCUUGAUCAUGACUACCAUGACUCUCCAGCCAUCCCCACAGCACAGAACAAGCCCUGCCUUCAACAAGGAAGUGUUUGUGGACUUCAUCGCUGCUCAAAUCAAGACUCUGUCCUUCCUGGCUUACAUCAUUAAAAUUUACCAGGAGCUGGUGAAUGAAUACUCCAGCCAGCUUGUCCAUGGCCUGCUGGGAUUGCUCUCGCUCUGCCCACAGGAAGUUGCCCAUCUGAGGAAAGAGCUGCUGAUCGCGGCAAGACACAUUCUUGCCACAGAUCUUCGCAAUAAAUUUGUUCCUCAUAUUGAGAAACUUUUCAAUGAAAACAUUCUGAUUGGCUCUGGCUGGACUACCCAUGAGUCUCUGCGGCCACUGGCGUAUAGUACCCUGGCUGACCUGGUCCACCAUGUGCGCACGGCCCUGCCCCUGAAUGACCUCUCCCUCGCCGUGAACCUCUUCUCUAAGAACGUCCAUGACGAGUCCUUACCCAGCAGUAUACAAACCAUGUCUUGUAAGCUGCUGCUUAACUUGGUGGAGUGCAUUCGUGGCAAGAGCGACCAGGAGGGAGGCAAUGGGAGAGAACUGUUGAUGCGAAUGCUUGAGGUGUUUGUGCUCAAGUUCCAGACCAUUGCCAGUCUACAGCUGCCACUGAUUCUACAGAAGUGCAAACAGCAACAGCAGCAGCAGGAGAACAAACUGGCAGAGCUGAAGGCGGCUACAGACGGGAAGUUGACCGAAGCUCAGGGGGUGAAAGAGGAGGGGAAAGGCUCGGCCCAGGGGUCAGGAGAGAAGGACAGAGAGGAUAAGAGCCCUGCCCAUAGUCGCUUUGGAGCCGGAUCAGCCCAGUCAACGACCUAUUCUGUGUCGGACUGUCGCAGUUUGGUGAAGACACUGGUGUCUGGGGUGAAGACCAUUACCUGGGGGGUUGUCUCCUGUAAGGUCACAGGGACAGAUGCAUCCCUGAUUCAGAACAAGCAGUUCCAGCCUAAGGAGACCCUAGUGUUUGUGAGACUGGUAAAGUACGCCCUCCAGGCCCUGGACAUUUACACUGUUAAUAUGACCAAUACUGGGCAAACAGUCAUCAGACCGUCCUCUACACAACCUGUAAGGACUAAGGAAGAGAAGGAAGUUUUGGAACAUUUUGCUGGCGUGUUCACAAUGAUAAAUCCUCAGACGUUCAAGGAAAUCUUCUCCACCGUCAUUGAGUACAUGGUGGACAGAAUCCAUGCUAACUAUGCCCUCCAGGUGAUUGUGAACUCGUUUCUUGCCAACCCAAUGACUUCGGCAACCUUUGCAACGAUCCUGGUGGAGUACCUGCUGGCCAGACUGGAGGAGAUGGGAUCAAACCUGGACAGGUCAAACCUGUACCUGAAACUGUUCAAGCUCGUGUUUGGGUCUGUGUCUCUCUUUGCACAGGAUAACGAGCAGAUGCUCAAGCCUCACCUUCAUACGAUUGUGAAUCGCUCCAUGGAGCUGGCAAUGAGUGCAAAGGAGCCGUACAACUACUUCCUGUUACUGAGGGCCCUGUUCCGAUCUAUUGGAGGAGGCAGCCAUGACCUCCUGUACCAAGAGUUCCUUCCCCUGCUGGAGAACUUACUACAAGGUCUGAACAGUCUCCAGAGUGGGCUACACAAACAACACAUGAAGGACUUGUUUGUAGAGCUGUGUCUAACAGUGCCGGUACGACUCAGCUCUCUCCUUCCCUACCUACCCAUGCUAAUGGACCCUCUUGUUUCAGCCCUCAAUGGCUCGCAGACCCUUGUUAGUCAGGGCCUGAGGACACUGGAGCUGUGUGUGGACAACCUCCAGCCAGACUUCCUGUAUGACCACAUACAACCCGUCCGUGCAGAACUCAUGCAGGCGCUGUGGCGAACUUUGCGGAACCCUGCUGACAACAUUGCUCAGGUGGCAUUCAGGGUGCUCGGCAAGUUUGGGGGAGGAAACCGUAAGAUGCUCAGAGAACCUCAGAAGCUGAACUUCAAUGACAAGGAAACAGUGGGCCCUUGUGUCACAGUUCACUUCCAAGAGUGUAAGACUCCCAUCUACCUACCUGUAGAAAAGGCGAUAGACGCAGCUCUGAAGGCCCUCAAGUCCAGCAGUACAGAUACAUACAGCCGUGGGAAGUCGUGGGAACUCAUCAAGUGUUUCCUAGUGUCGGUGAUGACCUUAGACGAUGAUAAACCAUCACUCGCUCACCUCUUCACUCAUCCCAGUUUUACUGAGAAAGACAUCCCUGACCACACUGGGCCGCUGUAUAAAAACCCCGACGCUCACUCCAGGAAAGUUCAUCAACAAGCUCUCACCGGCAUGUUUGUGGCCGCGGCCAUUAAGGAGUUACGAUCCACCGUCCUGCCGUUCAUGGCCUGUAUGGUGAGACAUUACACCAUGGUGGCCAUAGCACAUCAGUGUGGUCCAUUCCCCGUGGGAGAGAAGCAGAACAAGCUGCACGGUAUGGACACCCAGAUUCUGAUCGAUGCCCUGGCUGUGAUCAUGGGGCACGAGGAGAAGGAGUUGUGUAAGCCUGGAGGCCUGGCCUUAAAACUCAUCUUGGAAACGGCCACCACAAUCCUCGGAUCGAAGGAAAAGGCUUGUCAGCUGCCAUUAUUUGAGUACCUGGUGGACAGGAUGUGCUCCUUGUGUUACGACAGGGCCUGGUAUGCCAAACUGGGAGGGUGCAAUGCCAUCAAGUUCCUGUAUGAGAGAAUGGCCCUUAAGUGGGUUCUUGAACAUCAGUUUCUCUUCCUGAAGGCUUUGCUGUUUGUUAUGAUGGACCUCACCGGUGAGGUGUCCAGUGGUGCAGUGGAUAUGGCCAAGGCUAACAUAGAAAACAUGCUGACCAUGUGUGCUCAGGUAACCGCUAACGAGGCGGACACACCUGAGCUGACUGCUGCCAGGAAGAAGUCCUUCCAUGAGGUGACCCAUGAGCUGGUGAGACAGGUGACCUCUCCUAACACGCUCGUUAGAGAACAGGCGAUGAAUUCCCUGGAGCUGUUGGCGCGUGUGACGGAGAGAAGUGUGACGGAGAUCAUGGAGCCUCACAAAGAGGUUUUACAAGACAUGAUCCCUCCCAAGAAGCACCUGCUCAGACAUCAACCCGUUAAUGCACAGAUUGGCCUCAUGGACGGAAACACAUUCUGCACCACUCUGCAGCCUCGUCUCUUCACCAUUGACCUGAAUGUUGUCGAGCACAAGGUCUUCUUUACCGAGUUGAUGAACCUGUGUGAAGUGGAGGACACAGUUUUGCUAAAACUGCCGUGCUAUAAGUCUGUCAGCAACCUGGUGCCCCUCAGGAAGAGUGCUCUGAGAGCCCUGGCCGCUUGUCAUUAUAUCACUGACUUAGGUGAAAAGAUCUUUGGCAUGCUGUACAAGGCUUUAAACAGCACGACCAGUGAGCUACAGGAGGCCGCACAUUCCUGCAUGAAAAAGUUUAUCUCUGGGACUCGCGUUGACAUGGUGCUGGUCCAUGAGUCCAUGAGGCCUCUGUUGCUCAAACUGGGGGACUACAAGAGCCUUAACCUGAAUGUGAUUCAGAGGCUGUCUAGUCUGACUCAACUUUUCCCUAACACCUUCAACGAGAAACUGUGUGAACAACUUCUGACUCACCUGAAGAAAUGGAUUGACACAGCUGUGGCCACACAGAAGAAUGGUCAGCAGAGAGUGAAUGGACAAGUCCAGUCUACGGAGCUGAAGACAUGUGCGGCCAUCAUCAAUAUUUUCCACCUGAUCCCCGCAGCCAGCCAGAAGAUCAUCGAGCCUCUAACCGUACUGACCCUCAAAGGCGAGAAGAUGCUGCUGAUAGAGGCUGGUAGUCCGUUCCGUGAGCCCUUGCUGAAGUUCUUACUGCGCUACCCAGAACAGACGGUGGAACUGUUUCUUAACGACACUUAUAUCAAGGAUCAGCAGUCAUCUCGCUAUCUGGAGUUCCUGCUGCAGCACAAGGAAGGGAAGCCAUUUCGUAGCGUCCUGCAGUCAAACCCGGCCAGACUGGUGCACAUGGCAUUCGGUCAAGGAACUGAGAGAGUUCCCACGGGAAGCACCAAGGCGGAAAUUCAGUACCUCUCUAUCCGAUUGGUCAGCCUACUGGUGGGAUUGGAACCGGAUUGGUUGCCUCAAAAUCCACAGCUAAUAGUGCAGUUGCGAAAAAUCUGGGUUUCAGACAGUUUUGUGGAGAAACACAAGAAAGUGGACAGUGUGGACUAUGUACACUGGAAAGAACCUGCCUUGCUUGUGAAAUGUCUCAUGAACUACUUUCAAAAUCACACCAUGGAGAUAGAGCUGUUGUUUGACAUCCUGAGAGCCUUCACACAUCGCUACAUUCCUAAUUUCCAGUUUGUCAAAGAUUUCCUGGAUAAUACAGUGGCAGCUACUUACCCUGCUGAGUGGAAGAGGAAAGCUUUCUUCAAGUUUGUGGACAUCUUUCAUGAAAACACAUGGCCACAGGAGCUGAAAGCCAAGAUUUUGCAGUAUGUCCUCAUUCCCUGUUUUCAAAACUCAUUUGACAACGGCGAAGGGGAGAAGCUGAUUGGUGGCCCCCCUGCACCAGAUCAGGACAACCCAGAUAACGUCAUCAGUGUCUUCAUCAACAAAAUCAUUGAUCCCGACAACCCGUUUGGCACGUCUGACGCUGUCCGUAUUCUGUUGCUACAGUUCUCAUCCCUGCUGGUAGAACAGGCAUCCCCACACAUCCACGAUGCUGCUAACAAACGACAGGGCAACAAGUUACGACGCCUGAUGACGUUUGCCUGGCCGUGCCUGGUCCUGAAAAACUGUGUGGACCCAGCCACCAAAUACCACGGUCACCUUCUCCUCUCCCACAUCAUCGCUAAGUUUGCCAUCCACAAGAGGAUUGUUCUGCAGGUGUUCCACAGUUUACUGAAGGCCCAUGCAGUGGAGGCUAGGUACAUUGUGAGAGAAGCCCUGGAGAUUCUUACCCCAGCCAUGCCAGGCAGGAUGGAAGACGGAAAUAGUCUCCUUACCCACUGGACCAAGAAGAUCAUUGUAGAGGAAGGUCACACCAUGGCUCAGCUUGUCCACAUCCUACAACUGGUGGUGAGGCAUUACAAGGUGUACUAUCCUGUCCGUCAUCACGUCAUUCAGCACAUGGUUAGCUCCCUUCACAGACUUGGCUUCACACCAAACGCAACAAUAGAGCACCGUCGUUUAGCCGUGGACCUGGCAGAGGUCAUCAUCAAGUGGGAGGCUCAGAGGAUUAGGGAGGAUCAAGACCAGCCCGCGGAGCCCUCCACCCCAGAAGUUCUGCAGGUGCUGACACAGUCAGGUGGUGUGAAGAGGUCCGGAUCUGUGGAUUCACCCCAGGAGGCUAAGAGGGCACGCCACACCUCUGGAGCUGUCGCUGUCCAGCAACCAGGCAGAUCAACAGCUGAGGCUAGUAAACCUAUUGAGAAGCAGUUCUGUGACGCGGUGGUCAAUUUUCUGCUGAGGAUUGCCUGCCAGGUUAACGAGGCCGCCACAACGAUUGGUUCACCAGGAGAGAUGUUGUCACGGCGCUGCGUAGCUCUCCUCAAAAUGGCGCUGAGACCGGAAGUCUGGCCCAAUGCAGAGUUAAAGUUGGCUUGGUUUGAUAAGCUGCUGAUGACAGUAGAGAACCAACAGCCUAACUUCACCAACAUCUGCACAGCCCUGGAGCUCUUGGCCUUCCUUCUCAGUACCUUGAGGAAGGAGGUGAUUUUGGCAAGUUUUAAGCCGCUGCAGCGUGGGAUAGCCGCCUGUAUGACCUGCCCUAACCACAAGGUUAUCCGCACUGUCCACAGCUUACUCUCACGCCUCAUGAGCAUCUUCCCAACAGAGCCUACGUCAAACGUUGCCUCCAAGUAUGAGCAGUUGGAGUGUCUGUAUGCCUGUGUCAGUAAGGUCGUCUACGAGGGACUGUCCAACUAUGAGAAGUCGACCAAUGGAUCUCCAUCUCAGCUAUUCAGUACUUUGAUGAUCUUAAAGGCUGCAUGUCUACACAACCCAUGUUACAUUGACCGGCUGAUCUCCACAUUCAUGAGGGUUUUACAGAGGAUGACCAGGGAGCACCUCACGCCGACCACACCGGAGACCAGCCCCUUGGCCAGUGAGCUGUUGAUCCUGAGCCUGGACUUAGUAAAGAACCGCGUAGGCGUGCUGAGCCUGGAGAUGAGGAAGUCUUUCAUCGGGAACAUCCUGGUCGUUCUCAUCGAGAAAACGUCCGACAACAAAGUGAUGAAGGCCAUCACCAAGAUGGUGGAGGAUUGGGUGAAGACAAAGAAUCCAAUCACCAUUAACCAGUCCCCGUCCAUCAGAGAGAAGGCCAUCUUAUUGGUCAAGAUGAUGCAGCAUGUGGAGAAGAGGUUCCCUGACGACCAGGAUCUCAAUGCUCAGUUCCUGGAGCUUGUUAACUACAUCUACAGGGAUGAAGCAUUCAGUAGCAGUGAACUCACAUCUAAACUGGAGCCAGCCUUCCUGUCAGGGUUGCGCUGUGCUCAGCCACACAUUCGGCAGAAGUUUUCUAAAGUGUUUGACAACAGCAUCCGUCGACGGGUGUUCGACCGUCUCCUCUACAUCACCUGCUCACAGAACUGGGAGUACAUGGCCGGCCACUUCUGGAUCAAACAGUGUCUAGAGCUCCUGUUAUCCGUGGCUGCCCACAGUAUGCCCAUCCAGAGCUCCUCUUCAAUGAAUCUCCUGCCCUCAGCCUGCUCUGUGGUGAAUCUUGCUGACAGCCAAGACAGAGCCGCCUUCGCUAACAUCACACGGAUGAAGGAGGAGCCUAUGGAUGUAGAGGCCCUAGACUCUGCCAAGGAAGAGGAUGACAUGGACAUUGACCUCUCCGGAGUGACCUCUGAAGACAACGCACCAAAAGAACCGGCAAAGAAGGAGAGUGACCCUAAACAGGUCCUUCAGACUCUGCUGCAGAGACAGGCCAAGUUCCUGGAGAGCUGUCGGGAAAUCAAGGCGGUAUCGUACCUGAACGCUCUGUCCCAGUUGGGUCACAGUAACACGGAUCUGACCCACACUACCUGGCUUGAUCUUUUCCCCAGGGUGUGGAAAAUCCUCACGGAGAAACAGCAAAAUCUGCUGACGCGAGAGUUACUUCCCUUUUUGUGUAGUGGCAGUCAUGUGAUUCAGAAGGACUGUCACCCGAGCUCUGUGCAUACCUUUGUUGAGUCGCUGGCUCUCUGUAUGCCAUCCAUUCCCAUUAGGCCAAGCGUUCUGAAGUAUUUGGGUCGCACCCACAACUUUUGGCAUCGAGCAGCCCUAAUGCUGGAGCAGCUAGCAGUAGACAAUGGCCUCACCCAUAACAUCAAGCCACGCCCAGUCAAUGAGUAUGAGUUUGAGCCCGGGACUUCCUCUCCCCAACAGGAAACACUGGAUGCACUCUGUGACCUCUACUCUCUGCUCAAAGAAGAGGACAUGUGGGCAGGUCUGUGGCAGAAGAGGUCAAAGUUCACUGACACAAACGUGGCCAUUGCGUAUGAACAACAUGGGUUCUUUGAACAGGCACAGCAAUCUUAUGAAACAGCCAUGGGUAAGGCCAGACAGGAGCACAACUCUGGCCCUGCCCAGAUCUCUGUUCUACCAGAGUACAGACUGUGGGAGGACCACUGGAUAAGAUGUUCCAAAGAAUUGAACCAGUGGGACCUGUUACUGGAGUAUGCUAACUCUAAAGGUAACACUAACCCCCACUUAGAUGCUGAGAGCGCCUGGAGAGUCCCUAACUGGGCACUGAUGAAGGAUGCCCUCGCUCAGGGUAUAUGCCUGUUUUAGGUGGAGCUGAGUUGUCCCAAAGAACUGGCUUGGAAGGUGAACCUAUAUCGGGGGUACAUCGCCAUUUGUCACCCUGACGACCAGCAUCUCAACAUGAUUGAGCGUUUGGUAGAAGUGGCGAGUACACUAGCAAUCAAGGAGUGGAGGCGUUUGCCCAGUGUGGUCACAAAUAUACAUGUGCCUUUGUUACAGGCUGCCCAGCAGAUUAUGGAGCUCCAGGAGGCCGCACAGAUUAACCAGGGUCUGCAGCCAGCCAACAUCGGCCGUAACUCCAGCCUCCAUGACAUGAAGGCCAUUGUCAAGACGUGGAGGAACCGCCUGCCAAUGAUCUCUGAUAACCUCUCACACUGGAGUGACAUCUUCACCUGGAGACAGCACCAUUACCAGUUUAUAGUCAACCAUUACGACACACACGCCGCCCAGGAUCCUCAGAACAACCAGUCCAUGCUGGGGGUCCAUGCCUCAGCCCAGGCCAUCAUUCACUUUGGCAAGAUUGCCAGAAAGCAUAACCUGACAGGAGUGUGCCUGGACUCCCUCAGCAGGAUCCACACCAUCCCAAGUGUGCCCAUUGUGGACUGUUUCCAGAAGAUCCGUCAGCAGGUCAAGUGUUACCUACAGAUGGCUGGAGCCAUGGGAAAACAUGAGCUACAGGAGGGCCUGGAGGUGAUUGAAUCCACAAACCUGAAAUAUUUCACGAAGGAAAUGACAGCAGAGUUUUACGGCCUUAAAGGGAUGUUUUUGGCGCAGAUUGGACGGUCUGACGACGCUAACAAGGCCUUCUCUGCAGCUGUUCAGAUGCACGACACACUAGUCAAGGCCUGGGCACUGUGGGGGGACUAUCUGGAGACAGUCUUUACCAGGGAAAAACAAAUCCACCUGGGAGUAUCAGCCAUCACCUGUUUCCUACACGCCUGCCGUCAUCAGAAUGAGAGCAAAUCUCGCAAAUACCUGGCCAAAGUUCUAUGGCUGCUGACCUACGACGAUGACAAGUGCUCACUGGCCGAGGCUGUUGACAGAUACUGCAUCGGAGUCCCGCCUAUUCAGUGGCUGCCAUGGAUCCCUCAGCUGCUGACAUGCCUGGUGCGUAAGGAGGGUCGCCUCAUCCUCACCCUCCUGAGCCAGGUUGGCAGGAUGUACCCCCAGGCAGUCUACUUCCCCAUCCGUACCCUCUACCUUACCCUCAAGAUUGAGCAGAGGGAGAGAUACAAGAGUGGUGAGACCGUGAUCGGCGCCCAGAACCGAAGCAACAGUCCACAGGUGAAUGUGACAGCCCCAUCCCAAAUAUCCACGGCCACACCUACUGUAACCUCAGGGGUAGGGCUGGGAACCCCCGUACUAGCCUCACUCACCCAGGCACCCAGCCCUGCCACACCGGGUACCCCUACUGCUCCAGCCACGCCAGAUCCAGUCACGUCUAAUGCAGAGUCUACCACGGCCUCCUCUCAGCCCAGCAACACGACCAGCCAAUCAGGUCAGACCAGUGCUAGCCAAUCAGAUGCAGGUCCUAUCCGUGCGCCUGCGCCCAUGUGGCGCUGCAGCCGCAUCAUGCAUAUGCAGCGUGACCUUCACCCCACCAUCCUGUCCUCACUGGAGGGGAUUGUGGAUCAGAUGGUGUGGUUCCGUGAGAACUGGUACGAGGAAGUUCUACGACAGUUACGCCAGGGUCUGGCCAAAUGCUACGCUGUUGCCUUUGAGAAUCGUGGAGCAGUUGCUGAAGCAACAAUCACACCGCACACGCUGAACUUUGUGAAGAAGUUGGUGAGCACAUUUGGCGUGGGUAUUGAGAAUGUGUCCAGCGUAAGUACGACCUUCUCCAGCGCAGCGUCGGAGUCCCUGGCGCGACGCGCGCAGGCCACAGCCCAGGACCCUGUUUUCCAGAAGAUGAAGAGCCAGUUUACUACGGACUUUGAUUUCAGUGUGCCCGGGUCAACCAAACUUCAUAACCUGAUCAACAGACUGAAAAAAUGGAUUAAAAUUCUGGAAGCCAAAACAAAAUUGUUGCCGAAAUCUUUCCUGAUUGAGGAGAAAUGUCGGUUCCUCAGCAACUUUUCACUGAACACAGCAGAGGUGGAGUUACCAGGAGAGUUCCUUCUACCAAAGCACAACCAUUACUAUGUAAGAAUAGCCAGAUUCAUGCCACGGGUGGAAAUUGUACAGAAACAUAACACUGCGGCCCGUAGGCUCUACAUCCGCGGCCACAACGGCAAGAUUUACCCAUACCUGGUCGUGAACGACGCCUGCCUGACGGAAUCCCGACGGGAAGAGCGAGUUUUACAGCUGCUCAGAAUGCUCAAUCACUUUCUCACCAAACAAAAGGAGACGUGUCGGAGACUGCUGUACCUGACUGUGCCCCGCGUGGUCGCCGUGUCGCCCCAGAUGAGGCUCGUGGAGGAUAACCCUGCCUCUAUAUCCCUCCUUGACAUCUACAAACAUCGCUGCAGUAAGCGUGGUAUUGAGCAUGAUGCCCCAAUUGCCCGGUACUACGAGCGUCUGGCAACAGUCCAGGCCCGAGGGUCACAGCCAAGUCAUCAGGUACUGAGAGAUAUUCUGAAGGAGGUACAGGCUAACAUGGUGCCCCGGGGCUUGCUCAAAGAGUGGGCCACCCACACCUUCCCGAACGCCACAGACUACUGGACCUUCAGAAAAACGCUGACGAUCCAAUUAGCGCUGAUGGGGUUUGCUGAGUUUGUGUUACACUUGAUGAGGAUGAACCCAGACAUGAUGUAUUUACACCAGGACUGUGGUUACCUCAACAUUUCCUACUUCAAGUUUGAUAUUGAUGAUCAGUCAGGUGACCUUGAUGCCAACCGGCCUGUACCAUUCCGUCUGACCCCAAACAUUGUGGAGUUCCUGACCUCUACAGGAGUGACGGGCCCCCUGACCGCCUCCAUGGUGGCUGCAGCCCGCUGCUUUGUCCAGCCGCAGUACAAACUGCCCAGUCUGUUGAGGGCUAUCCUGAGAGAUGAGUACAUUACGUGGCAUAAAAAGAAGCAGGAGGAGACAACUCCGGGAGCCCAGCCAGUGGACAUGGAGGGAGAGUUGAUGGUAACCAUGGUGAACAAAGCUGUGUCUGCUAUCACCACCCGACUACAGAACUUGGCGACGUUUGAUGGUGCUGAGAGCAAAGUGAGCACGUUGGUGGCUGCGGCAAACAGUCAUGAUAACCUGUGUCGCAUGGAUCCUGCCUGGCAUCCGUGGUUGUGAGGCGAUACAACAACAACAGAUCUGAUAGUGAGGAAUCUGGCAAGCAUGCCAUGUUGUCUCGUGAACAUUUAGAUGCAGCCUGGUUAUACUGUGCAAGAGCAGCUGAUUACUGUUUGUAGUUGGUCAUAUACAGUGUUACUUGUGCUGUGAAUUUUCUGAGGUUCAUUUUCAUAUACAGUUGUAACAGGUUGUCAUACUGACCCAUCUUGUAGUGGGUCUCUUGCAGAGGCGGUGCAAGAGGCUGGCUGCAGAACUGACAUGCACACCCAGUUUUCUGAUACAUGUAAUGUGCAGUGUGCUUUAAAGCUGUGUUAAGUCACAGGUUUGACCACCACUACACGAGUGUGCCAACGAUCCCUUGUUCUUGAAACCGAAUCAGAUCAUUUAAGGGUAAGAAGUUGUAGCAAACCGAUGACUUCACAUAGAUGUUAAUCAUUUUACGUGAGAUUCUUCCUCUGUCUCUCUUUGGGGACAAUAAGGGAUGGACAGCGCUCGUUGGGCUCGUUGGACAGUUUGAUGUUCAAUGAAGACCACUUCGCCAUCACCAUAUGACGUGAAUAUUUGUGCCUCUCAUGUGAGAAAGCUUAGAGUGACGUCCCAAAGGUCAGUGGUUUAUCCCGGGUCAG